UGUGCAAUUUUACGAGUGACAGCGUUAUUUCUUUGUUUGUUUAAAAUAUAAAUCCAGUGUAACUCUUCCAUUAAACUUUAAAUUUAAUUAGUUCAGCAUCGAAUUGACUCUUAUUCUAUCAGGUUUAGGUGAAAAUCGUGCAUUGUUUCGGCCAUCAGUUAUUGAAAUAUGAAAUAAUAUGGAAUCGACCGAAAAUUUGCCUUUGUUAGAUGCCCAAGCAUCAUCGCGAAUGACUUCAGAACGUUCGCCACUUUUGCAUCAUGAUGUAGAGCAACAUCGAUCAAUACCACGGCCUGACUUAAGAAAUUCACCAGAGAAUGUCGUCGUUGAUGGAACUGACUCGAAUAACUUAGAUGAUCAUAAAGACGAGUCGAAUGAAUCAUCCUCGUUAUUUAAUGCAUUAGCAGAUGAUUACGAUCCAGCAAAAAAUCGUAAUCUUGAACAUCCAACAUCAAACCUCGAUACUUUAAUUCAUUUAUUGAAAGGUAAUAUUGGGACUGGAAUUCUAGCGAUGCCAGAUGCCUUCAAGAAUGCGGGUCUUUAUGUUGGACUGUUUGGAACACUUCUCAUGGGUUUAAUUUGCACACAUUGCAUGCACAUGCUGGUUAAAUGUUGUCAUGAACUUUGUCGAAGACUUCAAGUACCAUCAUUAAACUUUUCUGGUGUUUGCUACGCAUCAUUUGAAACAGGACCUCCUGGAAUACGUCGAUAUUCACAUAUCGCUAAAAAUCUCAUCAAUACCUUUCUCAUCAUUACGCAAAUUGGAUUCUGUUGCGUAUAUUUUGUGUUUGUCGCUGUGAAUCUUCAAGAAGUUGUUGCACACUAUUGGGCUUUGCUUGAUACACGUGUCUACUUGAUUCUUAUGCUUCUGCCGAUGAUUGGAUUAAAUCUUGUAAAGAAUUUAAAAUAUUUAACGCCAUUCUCCUUUAUUGCUUCUGUUUUAACAAUAAGCGGCUUGGUCAUUUGCUUUUACUUCAUGCUUCAAGAUCUACCAAGAACAGAUACAGUGAAUGGGUUCAGUUCAUGGGCACAAUUGCCGCUUUACUUUGGAACAGCAAUUUAUGCUUUUGAAGGGAUUGGAGUUGUUUUACCACUUGAGAAUAAUAUGAAGAAUCCUGAAAACUUUGGUGGAUGGAAUGGUGUGUUGAACACUGGAAUGGUGAUCGUUGCUUGUCUCUACACAUCGGUUGGUUUCUUUGGCUACCUUAAAUAUGGGGAUAAUGUAAAAGGUUCGAUAACUUUGAAUCUUGGCGGUGAUUUAUUGGCACAACUUGUUCGCUUAAUAAUGGCUAUGGCAAUUUUUUUAAGUUACACACUUCAAUUUUAUGUUCCAAUCAACAUUAUUGGACCUUGGCUACGUGCAAGACUUCAUGGUGAAAACAACAGAAUACUUGGAGAUUAUCUACUUCGUGUUGGUCUCGUUUUAUUCACAUUUAUUCUUGCCGCAAUGAUUCCAAAUCUUGGCGCUGUUAUUUCACUUGUUGGCGCCGUUAGCAGUAGUACACUUGCCCUCAUCUUCCCACCAAUCAUCGAGAUUGUCACAUUCUGGCCAAACGGUUUAGGAAAAUGGAACUGGAUUCUAUGGAAAGAUAUUGUGAUUAUGAUUUUUGGUAUUAUGGGCUUCGUAUUUGGAAGUUUUACAAGCAUAAUGCAAAUUCUUCAUCCCGAUCUUAAUACUGAGUAGAAAAAUUUAAUUACUUAAUUUUUGAUCGCUCAAAAGCCUGAGGAGAUAACAAAAAAAAAAGAUCUCAUCAUGAUGAUGUUGACGCUUUUUUAUGUUCAACUUUAUAUAUGCUUUAAAAUGGUUCUGAAUUGAAUCGGAUCUUUAAAUGAUUCUCCAAUCCUACCCACAAUGUUUAAAAUAUUUACUAAGUUAAAUUACCCAAAAAAUAUAUUUUGUGUGAAUGGUUAGUAUUUAAUUAACUUUUUUUUUUGAAUUUUAGUUUAUUAUAAUUUUUGGAAAUUAUGACUCACAUUGGUGAAUUUUAUGUUACUGCCAAAUAGAUUUUUGUGUAAGAUCCAAUCAUAAUUAAAAGAUAUGAUCAUUCCUGAAGUUUGUUCCUGUGAAUCUCUCAUUGAGUUUUCCUUAAGAAAUGCCAAUUUUAAAUUGACAAAAUUGACAAUAAUAAAUAAACUGAAUAUCACUUUCAAGUGAAUUUACGAAAGAAAAAACUCUGAAUAUUUGCUUAUAAAAACAUAUUUUA